AUUGUUUUUGCAUAUCAAUAAAUAUUAUGACAUAGUUUCUUAAUUUUUUGUUUCUCUCUCUCUUAGGGAGAGAUACAUUACAUGUCUUGUUUGUAUGCAUAUGGUCAUUGCCAUAUAGUGAUUAACAUGUUAAAUCCCAAUUUUGUAGCCAAAUAUUCAUAAUCUAAUCUUCAUACACAAAUGGGUUGCGUAACCUCUAGAUUAAGAACAUUUCCAGGACGUGAUGAUCCAUUCAUUCUUUCAUCAGAAACGACUUUUAGUGUCAGUGAAGUUGAAGCAUUAUUUGAACUUUUUAAGAGCAUAAGUAGGUCUGUCAUAGAUGAUGAACUAAUAAGCAAGGAAGAAUUUCAAUUGGCAAUUUUCAAUAAUAGAGCAAAGGAGAAUCUUUUUUCAAGUCGGAUCUUUGAUCUAUUUGAUGUCAAAGGAAGAGGAGCAAUUGACUUUGGUGAUUUUGUGAGAGCACUCGAUGUCUUUCACCCAUAUACAUCACAAGAAGUCAAGAUAGAUUUUUCAUUCAGACUUUAUGAUUUAGACAAUUCAGGCUUUAUAGAGCGUCAUGAAGUCAAAGAAAUGAUAAAUGCAAUUUUAUGUGAAUCUGAAAUUAAGUUGAGUGAUGAUAUGGUAGAAACAAUUAUUGAGAAGACUUUCUUGGAUGCUGACCCAAACCAAGAUGGAAAAAUAGACAAAUUUGAGUGGGAAAAAUUUGUUUCUAAAAACAUGUCAUUGCUAAAAAUCAUGACAUUGCCCUAUCUAACGGACAUAACAACAAGCUUUCCUAGUUUUGUAUUUAACACAAAGUUGGAUGAUGAUAUUGUUCUUUGAAAACAUAUCUCUUUGGCUAGAUUGUUAUUAAUAAAAAUUGGGAUUUUUCAUUUUAUUUUAUUUUAUUUUAUAAACAUGA